CCACGACUCAUUGGCGAGCGCCCGUCAUGUGGCGCUACCGAACGUUCGCUCCGAGGCGGAAGCCGGUCUGGAAGGGGGCUCACAGGGGGCCGGCGGGGGCAGGAGACGGAACCCCGUUGGGUAAGUAAAGGGCCAAUCAAGGGGAGGCGGGCUUGCCUUUUGAGGCGUUGGCUGGUCCCGCCGCGGUCUGCUCCCUCCUCCCCCCCAAAGUUGUAAUGGUGGGGUCUGAGUCCGCUCUUCCUCGUUCUGUGGGAGGGCGCUUCCAUUAGGGAAGUGGGGGGGGGGGGGAGGCGGUGGGAACAUUAGGCGGUAGACAGUUAUUGUUGGGGGGGGGGCGGUUUUCAAAUAACGUUGUCCCUUAAAGGCCAGCUCACUUUAUGGUGGCGUUUGUGACAGUUCCGUGGGCCGUGUUGUGUGAUUGUUGAAGGCUGAGAGAAGGUGGCUGCAGCCCAAAGUCACUUAAUGAGGGCGUGGGAGGAUUUGAACCCAGGUCUCCCAGUCAGUCUGGCGCCCUUAACCUCUGCAAGUCAGGGGCAUGGGGUGCUAUCCCCCCUGGAGGCAAAUCUACACACACAUAUAUAGGGGUUGCAAGGGGUGGAUUGUCAGAGGAAAAUCUCACGCAAGAAUCGCAGGUGGAGGUACGUAGUUUGGAGCAGGAAUGCAUGCAGAAAUUAAUGCUUUGACCUGUUACGACAAACCCCUUUUUCAGCAAAAAACAAUAAUAGCAUAAAUAUGGAGCAGCGGUAGGAGAUCAUACAGUCAGCUUGGUAAUGUUGGGGUGUGUAUGUGAAGGAAUCCAAGGGUAAUCGACUAAUACUCUCUCACACACGGCUAGGAUAGUAGAUCCUGUGAAAACCCCAGCUGGUGGAUCCUUUUUCCCAGGGAUGGUCCUCAGGGGUGCCUCAUGUUUUCUGAAGGAUCUGUGGUGAUUCACUGGUGCAAAGCUUGAGGCCCAACUGAAAAUAGCAAAGGGGUGGUCCCAAACUAUUUUUUAAUAAAUGCCCAGCAGGUUCUUGUGGCACUAUAAAGAUCAACACGUUCAAUUUGCUUUAAGCUUUUGUGGACUUUAGUCCCAACUUCGUCGACAUGAAUAAAACGUUGUUCUGAGUUAUGGGUAUAUGCAGGAUUACUUAUCAUGCAAGUGAUGAAGUCAAUUGUAGACCGUGGGAUCUUAUGCUAUAAUAAAUGACUUGUAAACUGCUUAGAAGUUCUUUUUAUAAUCGGUAAAUAAAUUUUGUUAAGUAAAUUUUAAAAUGUUAGUUUUUAAGGUGCCAUAAGAAUUGGGGGGUUGGAUUGGGUUUUUGUUUUUUGCUGGAGCAGGCUAACGUAGCUACACCCUCUGGAAGUUGUUGCAAUCAAGUCCUUUAUGGGGCUUAUGUUGCUGAAAGUAUGAUCCAUGGUAUCUUGACAGGAUUUGUAUUUAUUAUGUUAUAACUUAAGGACCUGAAGGCAAUGUACAUGGUUCUCUUACCAUUUUAUCAUCACAACAUCCUUGUGAGAGAGAUUAGGCUGGAAGAUAGUGGCUGACCAAGGUCAUCCAGUGACCUUAGUGGCUGAGUCGGUAUUUGAACUCAGGUCUCCCCAGUUCUAGCUACUAUAUCACAUUGUCCCUCAGUGACAUCUGCUAGAAAUUAACUGUGUGAUUGACUGUGAUGGUCCUUUGGAAGAUGGGAGUGGGCUAGAGCUCAGUGGUUGUUGGGUCCUUUUGAAUACAGUGUAAGAGAGUGUCAGAUUUACUUUCAUUAAAAUGUUUACUAAAUUAUGGCUUUUCUAUUUAGCAUAUUAAGCAGUGUGUGUGUACUAGAUCUUCUGCUUCUAGAACUUCAUAUAUGUUAUUGAUCAGUAGUGAAAUCUUUGCAACCCUGAUGCCAAGAUGUGAGAAGGGAAUUUCUUAGCAUACCUUCCAAGUGUGUUUUUGUGUGUUUGUUUUGUGUGUGUGUGUGUGUUCUCUGUGCGUUCUGCUCUGUGCCCCAUAAUUGGGUGGCACCUGGGCUUCUGGGUAAGAAUGUUGUUUCUGUGUAUGCUAUGUUUGCCUGUGGAAAUUCUCAGUGAGAUUCUCAGAUACCAGCUGCAUAUGUCUGAAAAUUCUAUGAGAUGGAGGUGAAUUAAAAAUUUGAUAUCGGGGCUUUAGGAAGAAUUAUGUAAGCUUUCAGGUUCCGAUAUAGAUUUAAGCUGCUGGCCAUCUGUGUGCGGCAGUCUGGAUGACUAGUUUCAGAGUCCUACCCAAAGUAAUUUCUGAACUCUUAGUCUGCCAUCCUAGACACUGUUACCUAGGAAUAAGUUCCGUAUAACCAAUAGGACUUACUUCUGGGUAGACAUGCAUAGAAUUGCACUGCAAAUGUCACACAUCUCUGCUCUUAAAUGCAAAACGUUUUUGCACUGUUCCCUUGCUGGGAUGAAUUUUGGAUGACAGCUUCCUGUAGAAGUUGUCAAGAUUGGUUCCUUCUGUCAGUAAAGGCCCAAGAAUGACUGAACUGUGCCACAUUCUCUUCUGUUACUGUACCUUGAGAUUCCAUCUUGUUCCCUCUCUCGGCUGUGUCUUCCAAUUACUUUUUAAUGAACCACCUUGCCACAUCCCUGCGAGCACUAAUAAAAAGGCAAUUCUAACAAGUUUUCUUUUAUUUUUAAAGUUGUACACCGAGUGACUGGGUAUAUGUUCAGAUCACUUCAAAGUUCACGAUAUUACAUUCCUCUCAGCCAGGAGUUCUGGUGAUUUCUUACUGCCCUGGAGACCCCCUGCCCCACAAACAUUGUUGGCAUCUGUUUGUCUCAAGAGACAAUGGAGUGCGCCUCUGGGGGUGAAGUCAGGCUGUGUUGUUUCUGUUGCGUUAAACAGACCCAAAGUGACCUCUCCGGGGCGCAAGCCUGGGCAGUGUGUAUGGAGGUCCUGCGCUGCCCAGAUGAGAAUCGCUCCCUCUUUAAAGAAAUAUAUAUCUGCAAAAUUGGUUUCUCGAACCAAUGCCUGUCCUUAAUGGCAAGGAUUAGUUUCAAGGUUUAGUAAUGUUUUUGCAUAUUUCCCUGGCACCCUACCCUGCAGCCCCUGAGCAACCUACAGCAGUUUCACAGAACUCGUUUUGUCACUUUUUGUCUAGUCAGUGAAUUAGCUUCUAACAUGUCAUGCUGAGUUGGUACCGCUGUUAUUACAGUUCUUCUUCCUCGGUAAUGGCAGCGCGAUUGGUUUGCAGAACUUGUUGAGGCCUGCAAAGGCAUUGCCUGAGGCGCCACAUUCCCAAUCUAUGAGCGUUGCAGAACCGGGCACCCUUUUGCUCCUGGCAGAAUCUCCGACCAGCCUUUUCUCUGCCCUCACGGUCACGCCAAGGGGCAGGGAGGAGGCCGGCAGCUCAGCUGGCGGCCACAAAGGGAGAUUUGUGUUGAGCGCGCCUGGCACAGCUUGCGCCUGUGCCCCAGAGGUCACCUGAUGAUCUUAACUGAUGCGGGCAUUAGCCCUGGCAGAGCCGCGUGAGAUGCUGUUUCUCGCUGGUUUGUGUUUUUGCUAGAAACUGCGGCAGUGGAGCACCUGGGGUGAGGAGGUGGAGAGGGGAGGGGAAGGCCAGGAACGGGUGCGGGUCUGUCGUCCGCCAAUCCGAGAGCCACGUGGACAUGGUGUGACAUGGAGGAGGCUUGGCUUUCACCGCAGGUUGUCAUUCCUUAAGCUAGCCCCCCUUCUCUCCCCCUUGCGCAGCAGAGGUUAAAGGGCAAAGGUUUCACACCCUGCCGAGAAGGGAGACAGUUGACUUCCUCCCUCCCCAAUCCCUGUCCAGUUCCAGCUGUGAGGCUGUUCCCUGCCCUCUCUCCCAGUCCCCUGUUUUCCAUGUUUUUGGCAUUUGACAUGUGCCCCCUUUGCUGCCUGUGCCCCUUGCUCUCAUCCUGCCCCCAUGUGUUUCCUAGUUUACCCAGAAACAUUUCUUCCCCAACAGAUGCCAAAGUGGUGACUCAGCUGGGCAAGUCUCAAACUCCACGUCCUGGGAGGGAAUGGUGAAAGCCUGGGCAUCUCCCAGCAGCGCAGAUCUUUCAGCUCUUGCUCAUAACUAAGUUUUGCCUUCCGCAUCUCGUCUUUUCAAACAUCCCAUCUUUGGAACUCCAUGCCGCUUGUAGAACAUGGAUGGGGAGUCUGUGGCCCUCCAGAUGUUGUGGGACUGCCACCAUCCCGACUGGGGACUGACAGGAGCUGAACUACGACCACAUCUGGAGGGCCACUCGAUUCUUCUUCAGCUGGUGCAAUAAAACAGAAGGGGCAGUUUCCAUUCUCUUCUAGGAAGAAAACUCAGGUUAAUGAUAAAAAGGAUUUAACCCUUUGUUGUUUAAAAGGAUGCUGUACGUCUCUUAGGGUGAGGCCCACUAUAAACCUGAAAGUUGUGGGUACGGGAAACUUGUAACACCUUUGCUGCUCCUGGAUCUCCUGCAUCAGCCACCAGGGGCUGGGAAGACAGCAGUGACAGGGCAGUGAGGCGGCCCUGGCUUGUGGGUUGCUAAAUUCCUAGGGACCCAAAUACUUAAAUGAGCCCCUUCCCCAGUAUCAACCGUCUCGGACCGUAUGAUUGGCAGGUAGGACCUUGUUGGUAGUGGCACCAUUGGCGGCUCACCUGUGACGGGGCCUUUUUUGUGGUGGUUCCUCGUUCAUGGAAUAACCUUCCUAGUGAGGUACGUCUGUCUCCAUCAUGAUUAACUUUCAGGAUGCAUUUGAGAACAUUCCUGUUUGGCAUUUGGUGGACGAAGGGGUGCUGUUCCGAGCAAUCCUGAGAUCACUGGAUAAAAUAAUGCUUUAAACUGAUUUCAGAAUGUUUUAGCUGUCUUAAAAUGCUUUUUUUAAAAGAAAGAUGUGUAUUUGUUUGCCACCCUGGGCUUCUUCAGGAGGAAGGGUGGGAUAUAAAUUCAGUAAUUAGAAAUAAGAAUGACGACAUCAACAACAUCUGGUAGCUUUGAAAGCGAGAUCCAGGCUGGGAGAACCAGCUGCAGACUGGUGGUUGGAACAUGGGAGGACGAAGGGGGAACUGAUAUAUAUAAUAUGCCUCUUAGCUCAUUUUUGUAACUGUGGAGUUAUUGUCCAUUUUGUUGCAAGCUGCUUCAAGAUUUUGGCUGCUAAGAGAGGUAUAAGUACUUCAAAUAAAUAAGUCAACUUCAGCGGUUGAGGUGCCCCUGCUGCACUGCAUAGAAAGAUACUUACGUAUUUCUUUCCAAGAUCCAGGAUGAUGAAAACUGGUUCUGCCACUUGGCAGCAGAAGCUGACUGUGCACAGUGCUGUUUGGCUAGUGCCCGUGACGUUACAAUUCCACACCUGGGAGGUUUCACCACCUUUAACGUUUAAAAAGGCCAUCUUGGAAGCGAUGACAGAUGCCGACGUGAAUAACUCGGCAGCCUAGCCCCAAGAAAAGAAUAAAUGAAUUAAAAAGGCGUUGUGGAAUGGGCAAGGUGAGAUAAUUCAGUUGGCAUUCAGAUUGCUGGUAGGCCUGUCCCUCUGACAGAGUGUCAAAAGAAUGGGGGCAGGAUGGCUCAGUUUGUGUGUGAGAGAGAAAAGUGCGUAAAAACCUUUGCAGAGGUGCAUUUGCCUGCACUAUGGACACCUUACGAGCACAUGUAUUUUUGAAGCGUGGUGUGUGCUUAUGAUGAAUCUGGGAUUGUUUUUAGUGGAGUCAGAGUGGAGGAGGGAGCAAGGCGUGAGGAAGGAAUUGGGAAAGUGGGGAAGGCAUAACAAAGGUCAGAAACGGAGCGCAAUUGCAAAUUCCUGUUAAUCGGAAGGGAAAGAAGCCUCCUCUUAGCUGACUGAGGGCAGAAACAGCAGGUACGCCAUAGCAAGGAGUAAUAUUUCAUUUGGUGUUCGAAUAAAUAAAGACAUUCCAGCCCCUGCAUGAAAAGUUGGCAUGGGCCGCUUUAAGAAUGGGGCUGAAGUCUGACCAUUUCAAAUUGUGCCCCACGUUGUCUGAUUUAAAUAGAAGUCGCAGGACCGUUUGCUGGCGAGUCUGUGAUCCCUAUUAGUUUUUUCUGAUCUGGCUCAACGAGUGCAAUGCCCCUUUCUUGCCCUUAGCGCUCUGCUCAAAGGCUGUUGCUCUACAGCUCUCAGAUGAGCUUCAAGGAGCCCCAUGGGACCUGUCUGCACAUGGGGAGCAUGUGGCCCUCCUGGAAAGAGUUGGUCUAAUUGGCACCGCUCUUGAAAACAUGGUCACGGGAGCCCCAUAAGCAGCCCUGGCUCCCUGCCCUGUGUGGGGAAGAGCAGGAGCCUGUUCUGUUCUGUUCUUCUGGUGCAAAUAGCAUCAUUCUUCUGUUACAGAAUCAACCAAAUCAGUUCCUACAGUAUUAAAUGCAAAAGAAUAUAAUAGGUCUGUGGUUGCUGAGGACCGGGGUUUUGGAAUCUUUGUUGCCACACUAUUUCACAGGGUUGGAAGGGACCCUGGGGGUCAUCUAGUCCAACCCCCUGCAAUGCAGGAAUCUCAACUCCAUGACAGAUGGCCGUCCAACCUCUGCUUAAAAACCUCCAAGGAAGGAGAGUCCCAACUAUCGAACAGCUCUUACUCUCAGAAAGUUCUGCCUGAUGUUUAGCUGGAAUCUCCUUUCUUGCAACUUGAAUCCAUUGGUUCGGGUCCUGCCCUCCAGUGCAGAAAUAUAUCAUGUGGUGUACAGUAUAAUAAUAAGAACGGCUAGACUCUCCGCAUCCUUUUAGUGGGGGAAAGCACUAGGUUUCUAGUCCUCAUUAAUUGCAGAGGAAGAAACAGGCAACGGCUGUUUACACAGUGCUGGUUACCCUGGCUCCGGCGUUUGAAGCUGUAGUGUGCAUGGCAUUAGCACCAAUCCAUAUCUAUCCUGUAGUUUCUUGGGAAAUGAUGCUGUUCGUUGUGUUUCCCCUCGAACCAGCUUCCACACAGUUCAGAAAUAUAUGCCAUGUUCCCUUUGCUGAGGUGUGUACAUCUGAGGCAGCCACUGCACAUGCUCAGAUGACAGCUUCAGGAAUAGGAGUUGGAGGCAUGGGCGUAGCUAGGAAUUAUGUUAGGGGGAGCAGGACUUUUGUUAGAGGGGAGCAGAAGAGAGCUAUCUGUGAUGCAAUUGGUCAGUUAGUUAAGUAUUUUUAUUUACUUACUUGAUUUAUAGGCGCAGCUGGGACGCGGGUGGAGCUGUGGUCUAAACCACUGAGCCUCUUGGGUUUGCCGAUCAGAAGGUCGGCAGUUCGAAUCCCCUCAACCGGGUGAGCUCUCAUUGCUCUGUCCCAGCUCCUGCCAACCUAGCAGUUCGAAAGUGCAAGUAGAUAAAUAGGUACCGCUCCGGUGGGAAGGUAAAUGGCGUUUCCGUGCGCUGCUCUGGUUUCAGUGUUCCAUUGUGCCAGAAGCGGCUUAAUCAUGCUGGCCACAUGACCUGGAAAAACUGUCUGCGGACAAACGCCGGCUCCCUCAGCCUGUAAAGCGAGAUGAGCAGUGCAGCCCCAGAGUUGUUUGCGACUGGACUUAACUGUCAGGGGUCCCUUUUACCCUUUUAGGGGGGCAGCUUCCCCCCCACACACAAUUGGAGGCGUUCUCGCAACCACAGGAAAACCCAACAGGCAAUGCACUUUGGGUGAAAAUAUCUCCCCCUGCUCUCCGGUGUGUACAACAACAUGCAAGUGUGACUUGAAAAGUGUGGUGGGGUGUGGGAGCAGCUGUAUUUUAAACCUCCAGAAUAUACACAAGUAAUUCCAGCUGGAGGGACAAGCAUCCGAGGACUGAGACCUCCAUUCCCCACAACCCCUAAAUUUCUGCCUCGUGCUCCUCAUUUUCCUCUUGUCUCCCCACUCCCACCUGUUGCUCUCUCCCCAGUUUUCCUAGCUCAGCUUCCCUCGUGAAGCCUCUUCCCCAUUGGGGUCCUUUGCACUCUCAGAAAACAGUACCCAAUAAUGAUACUCCGAAGCCAGCACCUUCCACCCUCCCCGCAGCUUUGCUGCGGGUACCAAAUAUAUCCGGUGAAGAAAACAAUUCAUGCACACCAACCACUCUGUGGCUAGUUUAUUCCAGCCAUGGGUUUGCGGAGAGGGAACUGGCAGCGGAACUGGAAUGUUGGAAUUUUGAUGCAGCGCCUCAGCAUUCCAGAACGCUGCCGAGGGGGAAACAGAGAUGGGCUGAGACGGUAGCUUGGCAGCUUGGCCCUCCUUCCCCUUCCCAGUCAAUCCCAAACUCUCCCUCCCUCGUCCCCUCCUCCGAGGCGGGGCCAGCCUGUUGACUUCCCCAGCCCUCUUUUAAGCCGGCUGGCUGGGCAGGCAGCCAGUGGCCGAAAGGCAACUCCAGGCGGCAUCAGGAAGCCCUGGUCCUUGGUGGGCAGCGGUGGGUGAGUACCCUCGACACAAUCCCCUUUCUCUUCCUGUGCUCAAGUGUCUCCAAGAACUGGCUGGGGUGUCAGCUGCCUCCUGUCCCCUGGUAGCCUGAGACCAGGCUCUUGCCUCCUCAGCGAUCCGAGACCUCUGCUGCCACCGCUGGCCUCCCUGGCAGGGCUGUUGUCAGGAUUUUUGAGGGUGCAAAGAGCUUUGGACGUCUUUGAAGUGCUGGAGGCUGCUCCUAACUAUUUGGAAGGCCUGUUGAUAGGAUGAUGGUUAUUUAUUAAAUGUGGGUGGGCUGUGCUUGUGGGGAGUGCUUUGGGCACCUGUCGGCGAGGGUCGGGGGCUUGCCAGUCACAGAAUUAGAGUUUGGGAAAGGACCCCCCCCGGGUCACCUGGUCCAACUCCCUGCAAUACACAGCCAUCUCUGGGCAGGCUCAAACCACCAGCAGUCAGAGGCAUGUCCCAUCGCUCCACCAGAAAGGGAGCAGGUUUUUGCCUGUACCUCACCAGGGUCAACAGCUUAAGUUUUGCGCUCACCUUAACCCCUACCUGCUCUUAGAGGUGAGCUGCAACCAGUGGCGGGAGGAGGGAUAAAAGAGGGAACUCGGGGACCCCACUGAGAUGUGGGCAACAUCUGCCUGCUCCAUCCAUUAGGUGUAGGCUUGAUUCUCUUUUGGGGGGUUUUUAAAGUUUUAUUUUCGAAUUUCAAAAGUUUACAAAUUGAUACAUGCUUCCAAGUAGACAUACAUUGCACAUACAGUUUCACCCCACCAUAGUUCCCCCAUAAUUUCUAAAUUUGCUGCAUAUUAUAAAUAUUCUGCACUGUGCUCCCAACAAAUACUCAACUGCUGCUCUUCAUUCAAAUCCUGCCUGCAUUUUUUACAUGUUUACGUGGAGUGGGCUUGGUUCUCACCUGCACAGCUUCAUCAGGAGAGCCCACAUCAGGCGUUAUUCCUGGGUGACAGAACCGUUGAGAGAGAGUUGGGUGGAGCCCUCUGGAAACGGGCUCUUCCGUACAUUGAUAUUGUCUUAGUAAGCGAUGCCCGCUCUGCUCACAGGGCUUCCGGCCUGCGCGGAGGAGACAUGGAAGCCGAGGAAUCAGGGAAUGUGGAGUACGUAGCUGAGGCAGUGACAGGGGAGUGUAAGUAAGGGGCAGGACGUCCGGCGAAGGCGCGCUCUUCGCUUGGUGAGAGGCUCCUUGCGCUCAGUCGCAGCAGCAUAACUUCUCCACCCGGCUCCCUUCGUACCCGCCUCUCUCCGGAGGGGACCCCCUCACAGCUCUCCUUUCCUCUUCCAGGCCCCCCCGUCGCCAACACCAUGGAUCCUCGGCCCCUGUUCCAGACCCUGCAUGCGCUGGCAGAAGACAACGUCAACUUCUUCCAGGAGAGCACCAGCGAGACGGGCCGGCGCUUUGUGGCGGCCUUCACCACCAUCCGGGAGCACGCCCGGUGCCUGGAGCCGGUGCUGAGCCACUUUGCCACCAUCUACCACAUCUUUGACCUGGACGAGCACACGCCGGCCAACGGCUACCGGAGCCUGGCGCAGACGGUGCGCUGCUGCCUGGCCCACAUCGUCCACAAGAGCCGCUACGUGGCUACCAACCGGCGCAGCAUCUUCUUCCGUACCAGCCACAACUGCGCCGAGCUGGAGGCCUAUUGCACCGCCUUGACGCAGCUGCGAGCCCUCGUCUACCUGGCCCAGCGCCUUCUCACCCAGAACCAGCCCGGCCAACUCUUCAACCAUGAGGACCGAGGGCUCUCUGAGCAGUUCCUGCAGGAGUACAUCACCAUGCACAAGGGCUGCUUCUACGGGCGCUGCAUGGGCUUCCAGGUGAGGCGGAGGAGAGGCGCUCAGCCCGCAUGGAGGUCCUAGGCUUUGGGGAGGUAGCCGUUGACCCGUUGCAGGCAUCAGUGAACCCCCAUGUUCCUACCUGUCAUCAUUUCUGUGGUCUCCUGUUCUAAAAGGAGCUUGGUCUUUCCCCCUUGAUGUCUUCGCAGUGGGACAUCUAUCUGCACAGUACCUGGGGGCAUGAGCUGCUUUGGACUGAGUCAGACAAUUGGUCCAUAAAUAAUAAAAAUUAUAAUUACAAUUAAUUACUUAUAUUCCGCCCAUCUGAAAGGGUUGUCUCGGCCACUCUGGGUGGCUUCCAAAAUAAUAUAAAAAACACAGCCAAACAUCAGGCAUUAAAAACUUCCCCAUACAGUGCUGCCUUCAGAUGUCUUCUCAAAGUUGUUUAUCUCUUUGACAUCUGACGGGAGGGCGUUCCACAGGGAGGGUGCCACUACCGAGAAGGCCCUCUGUCUGGUUCCCUGUAACUUCAUUUCUCACAGUGAGGGAACCACCAGAAGGCCCUCGGAGCUAGCGCAAUAUCGCCUCACUGACUGGCAGCAGUUCUCCAGGGUUUCGGAGGAGGGCAGGGGGAUGUUCUCAGCCCCACCUAGAGGUGUCAGAAACUUAUCCUGGGACCUUCUACAUGUAAGGCAGCGGAGCUUCAGCCUUCCUUCUCCUUCCCCUCAGCCCAAACCCUGUGAAGUUGCUGACUGCCCUCUCCAACCCCAUCUAUAGCUUGGCUGAAUUUGCCACAGCUGUGUUUGCUUGCAUUCAUCCCUUGUUGGCCUGGCCUGACUCCUCUCUCUGUUGUUCCUCCACCACUGGCUGCAGUCAGCUGUAUUCUCCUGGGGGCAGGGACCUGUCAUCAUCCCCCCCCUCCCCGUGUUUGCUCUGUGCUUUUUGUUAUUGAUUUUUACGUAGCGGCCGUCUGAUACUGCAGUAGUAAUAAUAAUUGCCAGGAGAGCCCGCUUCAUCCCAGGAGAAGCUGGUGCCCUUUCCUCACAAGACCUCUGUACUCCUCCCAAGAAGUUCACCUUAUUCUCUGCAGAGCUCACGCCGGUCCCCAUCAGCUCCCUUAAUCUGAUUUGCCCAACACAGAGCCCUCCGUGUUUGUCCCGAAGGAGCCUCUGUGGCAAGAGUUGCCUGCCACACAGCGGAGUCAGGGCCUCCCCGUCACGGAAAGCCAGCUCUGGCCUUCCCCUUUCCUUCUCUCUUCUUUUCCACGCAGGCGUCGGCCUUGGCUGCGUGGCCCUGAGCCAUGGGUCAUGCAAGUCCCUCUGGCUCUCUCCCUCCUCCAGCCCAACACACUUGCCAGUCAUCGCCCUGUCUCACAGGAGACAAAGUUUCCCUGCUGAGUUUGGAUCUCCAUUUUGGAGCUUCCCUGACUCUCUGACUUCACCCAGUCCAUGCAGCCAGGAACCCUGGCAGGACUUGGCAACAGGGAUCCAGCAGUUCUUCUUCUUCUUCUGCCUCAUCCUUUUCUAGCAUGUUUGGCUCAGGCUAUGAGAACCAGACCCGGCCAGGCCUCUGCCUGCGAGCAACCAGUUCCCCAAACGCAACAUCCUGUUCCCCGUCUCCCAUGGUUUGGUCCUCUGGCUAUAGAUUUCUCAACUUGCCUUUCUCGGGCUUGGAACCAGCAGCCGUGUUUGGGAAGUGUGGUGUGUCCCUGGAUGUGCCGGACUGGAUUCGGUAAUGAACUGGAUUAGGGUCAACAAACCGAAGCUCAGUCCAGACAAGGCUGUUAGUGGGUGGUUCUCUAGACUGGAUGGAUGGGAAGUUGCCUGCUCCUGAUGGGGUUACCCUCCCUCUCCAUUGAUGUUGCUUGAGGCUCAGGUGGCCUUUGGUGGUGCAGAGUGCCUUCCAUCAGCUUUGGCUGGUGGCCCAGCUCUGCCCCAGUCUGGAUGGGGAUUGCCUAACUUCUGCCGUCUAUGCUCUGUAACCUUUAGGAUAGUUCGAUGCCUCAUAUGUGGGGCUGCCUCUGAAAACGGUUCAGAAGCUUCAGCACUCUUCAGUGCAGAAUUCAGUAGGCAGGCUGCUUACUGGGGCAAGACGGUUUAUGCAUAUUGCACCAAUCCUGGCCCGACUGCAUUGGCUGCCAAUUAGUUUCUGGGCCCAAUUCAAAGUGCUGGUGAUAACCUAUAAAGCCUUGAAGAGCUCAGGGCCACCGUGCCUCAAGAACCACCUCUCUCCAUAUGAACCUACCAGGAUCCUGUGAUCAUCUAAGGCCCUUCUUUGAGUUCCAGAGAGAGGCAACUUGAGAACAGGGCCUUUUCUGUGGUGGCUCCCCAUUUGUGGAAUGCUCUCCCCAAGGAGGCUCGCCUAGCACCAUCAUCAUAUAGCUUUAGGUACCUGUCAAAAACAUUCCUCUUCAACCAUAUAAUAAGCCUUUUGCUUAUUAAACUAUCUAUAGCCUUUUAGAAGUGGGUGGGGUGUUUUUAGGAUAUUCCCCACCCCGCUCUAAUUUGGGUUGCCCUGGGCAAGAAAAAGAAACAAACAAAUGUAAUUAUUUAAUUCAUUAAGAGUUUCUGCCCAGCCUUAAUGUUGACCUUUCCCUUCCCAGUUCGCUCCCUCGAUCCGGCCUUUCCUGCAGACCAUCGCCAUCAGCCUCGUCUCCUUUGGGGAAAAUUACAAGCGCCAUGUGUCCGGCAUUGGUGAGUGGGGGUGGGGGAGGAAUGGCAGCCAUAUCUUGGCACAUCAACAACAUGGGAACUGUUGUCCUCUCCCCAUUGUGUCCCCCUGAAUACCAAAACGUUUGUUUCCCCCUCCCUGUAAUGCAUAGCUGCCUCCUUUUCCCAGGACGCAUGACUGGCCAGUGGGUCAAAGUGCUGUUCCUCUCACGUUUUUUGUAUUAUUUUGACCGUGUGGUGCCAUGUUGGACUAGGGCCUAGGAGAGACCGGGGUUCCAAUCCCGCCUAGGCCAUGGAUGAAGUUCACUGGGUGACCUUGGGCCAGUCACUGCCUCUCAGCCGAACCUGCCUCACAAGGUUGUUGUUGGGAUUAAAUGAGGGUGGGGUGGGGAGAGAUCCAUGUAUACUGCCUUGAGCACCUUGAAGACAAGAAUGGGCUAGAAACAAAUAAAUACCGUAUUUUUCCGUGUAUAAAACUAGGUUUACCCCCUAAAAAACAAUGUAAAAAAUUAGGGGGCGUCUUAUACACGGAGACAUCUUCCCCCCUAUUUUCUUAAAUCUGAGUCCCCUAAAAUAGGGGGCGUCUUAUAGAUGGAAAAAUAGGGCGGUUACAAUGGAACCUUGGGUUACGUUACCCUCGGAUAACUUAAACUUCGAGCUGCGAAAGCAGCAAUUUGGAAGUGUUUUGCCACGCACGCAUGCGCAGAAGCAGUCUCUCCGGUUGUCAAAACUUCGGGAUAUGGCCGGACCUCCGGAACGGAUCCUGUUCGCAACCAGAGGUACCACUGUAUUUUGAAGUAUAAGCCAACCGUCUCCCAAGGGCAGAAAAGGUUGUCUCAAGUCAGGAAGGAUUCCAAUCACUGUAGAAGCAGUGGAACAAGCACAUUUUUGCAGCGCAUAAGCGCCACAGGCACAUCCCCGCUAUGCGUAGGAAGUCCAGUGUCUCUGGAAAAUGUGUCAACGCUUGACCUCACUCUCUGCUACUAGCAAUGAGCUUCGUGGUACCACAUAUUUUAUUUUACUCUCUCCUGCACUAGAUGCACAAGGGGAUAUAAUAAUGUGGGCAUCCCCUUUCCCGAAAUUCGGAGCAGAGGUUUUCCCCUGAGAUGUCACCCAACACCUUUGAUCUCCCUCCCUUUCCGUCUUCUUCCUCUUUCUCUCUCUCGUUGCCCCCCCUCCCCCGCGCAGGCGUGGCCGCCAGCUCUCUCUUCACCAGCGGGAAGUUUGCUAUUGACCCCGAGCUCCGUGGGACAGAGUUUGAGCGCAUCACUCAGAACCUGGACGUGCACUUUUGGAAGAGCUUCUGGAACCUCACUGAGAUGGAGCUGCUGGCUGUGAGUCCUGCCUCAGACGACAGGAAGUCGGACCUACUGGGGGGAGAAGGGACCUUGGAUGGGAGAGAGACUCUGCCUGGGUCGGAGGGGGAGGCCUGGAGGAGGCAUGAUCAGAUGGCAGGGAGCGUGAGGCGAGGCAGAGGUUGUGGGAACUGUGAAAGAUGGACAGAUGGACAGGUUUAGCAAGGGGGGCACCUAUAGCAACAAAAUGGGCUGUCCAAAUUGUAUGUAUACCUGAAGGAGCCUCUCCACCCCCAUCACUCAGCCCGGACACUGAGGUCCAGCUUUGAGGGCCUUCUGGCGGUUCCCUCGCUGUGAGACGUGAGGUUACAGGGAACCAGGUAGAGGGCCUUCUCGGUGGUAGCACCCACCCUGUGGAACACCAUCCCGUCAGAUGUCAAGGAAAUAAACAACUACCUGACUUUUACAAGACAUCUGAAGGCAGCCCUGUUUAGGGAAGUUUAGAGAGCCAGUGUGGUGUAGUGGUUAAGAGCGGUAGACUCGUAAUCUGGGGAACCGGGUUCGUGUCUCCGCUCGUCCACAUGCAGCUGCUGGGUGACCUUGGGCCAGUCACACUUCUUUGAAGUCUCUCAGCCCCACUCACCUCACAGAGUGUUUGUUGUGGGGGAGGAAGGGAAAGGAGAAUGUUAGCCGCUUUGAGGCUCCUUUGGGUAGUGAUAAAGCGGGAUAUCAAAUCCAAACUCUUCUUCCCUUCUUCUUCUUAAUGUUUGAUGUUCUAUCGUGUCUUUAAUAUUCUGUUGGAAGCCACCCAGAGUGGCUGGGAAAACCCAUCCAGAUGGAUGGGGUAUGAGUAUAUUAUUGCUAUUAUUAUUAUUAUUAUUAUUAUUAUUAUUAUUAUUAUUAGUGAUGCAGCACUGUUCCUGCCGUUCAUGCUGUGUACUUGGUCCCUUGCGGGCCACUUCUGCCCUGGAUAUUCCCUUGGGGAACUGCUCUUUGGAUAUUCAAUCCUAGGGCUCUCACACAGCUUCUGCCCUCUCCGCAGUCCCUCGCCAGCAUGGCCUCCUCCCAGGUCCGGUUAUCCCGGGCGCUGCUGGUGCCACCACACUCCUUUGACCUGCCUCUGGUUGCCGACCCCCAGCUGACAGUCACCAUCACCCCCCCAGUUGCCCACACCGGACCAGGAGCCGUGCAGAUGAGACUCAUCUCCCACGAGCUGCGUGAGGGACAGGUAAGCAGCUGGGAGCAGCCGCGGGUUGGCUUGAGCUAGGGCGGAUGAGCAGGGUCAGACCCCGUAGCUUUGAGGCAUGUGGAAUCCUGGGCUUUAUUUAGUCUCUGGAUGGGGCCUUCAGACCGCUCUCCCUGGCCCCUGGGGCUCUCCCUAGUCCACCCUUUCACCAGCCCUGCCCCACCCCCUCAAGGGCUUUUGCCUUGCUGGAAUUUGUCCUUCAACAGCACUGAUGCCUCUCGCAUGCCUGGAUGGAAAGCUAUGGGGGGUGGGUCUGUCAUUUUGCAUGGCCGCUUUUGCAUCCAAUCGCAGCCACUGCUAGCCUGUGCCCCGAGAAGAUUGCCUGCAAGGGAACUAGUUCCGCAGGCUGAAAAAGCUUCUCCAGGCGUACGGUCUCAUCACGUGGCCAAACCAUUCUCGGACAGGACCCUGGCUGAGCGGGACUGCUCUGUAAUUGGAUGCCGUUCCACAUGCCAGUUUCCCUGACUUCAGGAAACCCGGAGUCAAGGACAAGGGAGCUGGCCUGUCCUUCUCUCUGACGUACAGCUUUUUAACCACUCUGUUGCCAUUCAGGACAUAGGAGACUGCUGGAUCAGGCCAGCAGCCCAUCCUGCCCAGCACCCUGUUCUCAUACUGGCAGACCAGAUGCCUCUGGGAAGCAGACCCAAACACAAGAGCGCUCUCCUUUCCUGUGGUUUCCAGCAAAUGUUUUUUUGGUCAUUGUCUUUGUUGCUGGUGGUGCGUUUAAUUGUAUGGCUUUCAUUGUUAGCUGCUUGAGGCUUUUUUAAGCAGAAAAAGCAGAAUAUACAGUGGUACCUUGGUUCUCAAAUUUAAUCCAUUCCAGGAGUCCGUUUGACUCCUGAAACCGUUUGAAAACCAAGGCGCGGCUUCCAAUUGGCUGCAGGAGCUUCUUGCACUCAAGCGGAAGCCGCACCGGACGCUUGGCUUCUGAAAAACGUUUGCAAACCGGAGCAUUCAGUUCUGGGUUUGCGGCAUUCGGGAGCCGAUUUGUUCAGGAGCCAAGCCGUUCAACUACCAAGGUACCACUGUACACAUUUAAAAUAAGCGCCUCGUUUUCAGUGCUCCGGUUCCGAGGUUGCCCUGAACCUCAGGCUUCUGUCCUUCCUCCUCCCCCUUUCCCCCCUCACAUGCCUGUUACCUUCCUCCGGGGUUUGAUCCUGGCUUGCAGGACAAGCAAACCAGGGUUUGCCACAGACGACUAGGAGAACUGCGGUUUGCCUCAAAUCAGGAACCUGCCAUGCACGAGGGAGAGGGCAAAUUCCAUGUUCCGCAACGGUUGAGGGUUACCCAAAUGCAAAAUUCAUUUUUCAUUUAAACGGAGGAUCAUUCAACCAUCCAAUUCUCUGCUUGCAGCCUGGAGCAACAGAUUCCAGGAAUGCGUCACAGCGAUCUUGUUUGUCAAGAGAGCCCUUUGAGAUUUUGACGGCCCCGGGGACUGGCACCGCCGGGCGGCGGCAGGUGGAUGCCAGCUGGGCUCCUUUUGCCUCUCGGGGCCUGGCACUGCACCCACGACCGCUUGCUUUUCCCGUUUCCAGGACAGCGAGGAGCUCUGCAACCUCAUGCGCCCCGAAGGCCCCCUGGCCCUGGAGCUGCGCUGGAGGACCAAGCCCCUGCCCCGCUCGCCUUACCUGGUGGUGCAUUUCCACGGCGGCGGCUUCGUGGCCCAGACCUCCAAGUCGCACGAGCCCUACCUGAAAUCCUGGGCUCAGGAACUGGGCGCCCCCAUCCUCUCCAUCGACUACUCGCUGGCGCCGGAGGCUCCCUUUCCUCGGGCCUUGGAAGAGUGUUUCUAUGCCUACUGCUGGGCCAUCAAGAACUGCCACCUGUUGGGUGAGAAAAGGAGGGCUGGGGGGAAGGAAGGAGGUGGGGGCCAGAACUGGGCCUUGGCCAUAGUGGCCUGAGAGGAACCAGCUGCUAAGAUCCUCCUCGGAAGAUCACAGGAAGCUGCUCUCUGCUGGCUCUGACCGUCUGUCUGCCUAGAUCAGUGUGUCCCUAUGCCAGGCAUGGACCACAGCUCCCAUCUUUAGGGUUGCCAUAUAUCCGGGAAAACCAGGACAUGUCCUCUUGCAGGGCCAACAUGCCCAUUCGGGCGGAUUUUUAAAUUUUAAAGGAAGUGUCCAGGUUUUUCGGGCUUAGGCGGCUUGGACUGUUCUCUUUUUUGCUCUUCAAGAUAUGGCAACCCUAGCAUCUUAGAAUCAUAGAAUGGUAGAGUUGGAAGGGACCAUGUCUAUCCUCUAGUCCCUGCAAUGCAGGAAUCUUUUCCCCCAACGUGGGACUCUCACCCACGACCCUGAGAUUAACUGUCUCACGCUCUGCCAACUGAGCUUUCCUAGGAAUGAACCUGACCAUUGGCCAUACUGGUUGGAAACAGAGUCGAGGAGCCUCUGGGGCAGGGACCCAGGUUCCCCCCAUCCUUGCCCUGGGCCCAAAUCUCAGGCGGAGCUCGGUUUCCCAGGUCUCCUUCCAGAGAUGGUAGGAGGGACAUUUCACAUGCAGAGCUGGAGACCUCCAGAUCUGAACGGCAACUCCCACUAGUGCCCCAGCAAGCAUGGCUCCAGCAAGCAACAUCUGGGGGUGUCAUAUUCAGUGUAAGGUCUACUCAGUGUAAAUGCCUUGUUUGCAUAGAGCUAAAAAUAAUAAUAAUGAAAGCCUUCUACCAGCUUUUGCCCUGCUUCUGGUGCACAACGGGUUUCCAGGGCCAGCCACCCAGCCAGGCUUCUCUUGAGGCUCACAGCCAGGGCUUCCCAUGUUGCUUUGUUCGUUGACUUAUUAUUUCAUGAAAUUUAUGCACCGCCGGGCUGUAAAAGUAAAAAUUAAAUCUCAAAGCUGUUUACAGAAAGAAGGAAGCAAUCAAAUUACUGUUGCGAGCAGUCGAAAGCUGCUAAUUAAAGCAUUUUUAAAAAAUAGUAAUAAUUAAAAAUCAUGAUCAACAAGAAAAAGAUUAAAAUACAUAUCAGCAGUCUGGAUCAGUGGUUCCCAAUUAGCUAAGUACUGUGAACCUCCUAUUUUUUCAAAAGCCAAGCCAGGGGGGACCCCCCCACACUUUUGAAAAAUGUUGAUACCGCUAUGGUAGUUUUUUGUUAUGUCCCACGGAACCCCUGGGGUCCACAGACCGCCAGUUGGGAACCACUGAUCUAUAUGGGCCUAAAGAAAAAGGUUUUUAGAAGGUGCUGAAAAGAAUACAGCAAAGAUGCCUGCCUGGUGUCAAUAGAUAGGGAAUUCCCAAGUGUGGGCACUGCCACCGCCCGCCGUGUCUGGCAUUCGGAGAGGGUUCUGCUGCUGGUUUUGAAAAAGAGCCCUCUGCCGUGCUUGCCCCGAGUGGUUCUGACCUCUUUUCUCUCCCUCGCCGCUUGGCAGGUUCCACAGCCCAGACGGUGUGCCUCGCGGGAGACAGCGCUGGCGGAAACCUGUGCAUCACGGUCUCCAUGCGGGCGGCCGCCUUUGGGAUCAAGAUGCCAGACGGGAUCAUGGCGGCGUACCCGGCCACCCUCAUGCAGGUCUCGGCCUCGCCCUCCCGCCUCCUCACCUUGCUCGACCCGCUCCUGCCUCUGAGCGUGCUGUGCAAGUGCCUCAGUGCCUAUGCCGGUGAGGGCAGGGGAUGCUCGGGGGGCAAGAGGGUUAUCACUCCUGGCGGGCAGAGGGAAGCAGCGGUUGGAGGUCCAUGGGUUGGUUAAGCUUGGCUGUGUGGUUGGCUGGCAUCUUUCUGUCUCGGGAGACCACGGAGGACUGCGCCUUUGGGAGUGAAGUCAAACCAUUGGAGAGUUACAGUGCCUGCUGUGGCUGUUGAGACUGAUAAGGGAGAGACAUGUUUUGUUGCAGCUGGGGCAGAGGAAGGUGUCCAGUUGUGUGGCUGCAUGCUUAUUCUCACUGCGCUCCUCCCAGCGGUCAUUUCUGCUCUGGUCACUGUGGAUGCACGACCUGACUGCUUAUCUCCAAGCACAUCUACAAGGGAUUUCCACAUGGCAGUGUUGACAUUGCCAGCCUUCCUAUCUUAUUUGCAGACAUCUUUGAAAUACAGAGUUGAAGGCAUCUGGCCUCAGACGCACUGUGGCGUUUCUGCUGCUGCUUUUAAAACGCAAAACUGUUUUCUCUUUAUUUCACCGGAGCCCUGUAAGGCAGCCGUCAAUCCUUGUAUAAGAUAGAUAGAUAAUUUAUUAUGGUCAGAGACCAGCUUAUAAAACACACUUGGGGGUACAGUCACAGAAGGAAAACAAACAAUUAAAACAAUGUACAACAAUAAAUUAGGGACACAGGUGGCGCUGUGGGUUAAACCACAGAGCCUAGGACUUGCCAAUCAGAAGGUCAGCGGUUCGAAUCCCCGCGAUGGGGUGAGUUCCCGUUGCUCUGUCCCUCCUCCAGCCAACCUAGCAGUUCAAAAGCACGUCAAAGUGCAAGUAGAUAAAUAGGUACCACUACGGUGGGAAGGUAAACAGCAUUUCCGUGUACUGUUCUGGUUCGCCAGAAGCGGCUUAGUCAUGCUGGCCACAUGACCCGGAAGCUGUACGCCGGCUCCCUCUGCCAGUAAAGCGAGAUGAGCACCGCAACCCCAGAGUCGGUCACGACUGUACCUAAUGGUCAGGGGUCCCCUUUACCUUACAACAAUAAAUUUAAAAUUAAUAAACGCGAUAAGCGUAUAGACACUUGAAACUUUAAGAUAAACUACUGCAGGGAGCUGACCCAGAUUCACCCAUGGAACCGAGUUUGGGGAUUUUCUUAACGAACUAGUUUGAGUCGGGAGAUGGUCUGCGCCUACAGAUCUGUACACAGAAUCUGGCGACCAUCUGGGUCGUCUUCUGAUCUUUGCCUAACAGGAAAAGGUCGAUUUUUUGCUUUUCCGGGAGGUCAGCGAGCCUCACCAGUAGGCAGCACAUAUACUAAAACUUGUAUAAGACUUGUACCCCGAAUAAAACCAGAAAAUGAAAGAGAUGGUGAGGAGUACCAUGAGAGGUGUAGGAAAGGGAGCCGGAAGGUUAUAAGGGCAUGGCAAAAAUCAGGGUGUGUUUGUACGGUUUUAGGGAACACGUCUCGUCCUGACUGUCUGGGUUUCUUUCCCCCCUUUCCAUUCCAAGGGAUGGAGCCAGAACAGUGUGAGUCUCCCACCCUGGAGAAACUGAGCCCCGUGAACAUGGUGCGCCGAGACACCACCAUGCUCUUCCGAGACUUGCGCCUGGGAGCUUCCUCCUUGUUUGGUUCCUUGCUGGAGAACACGGGCAAGAUCAAUGGGGCUGACGCCCCGAUAGGUAAGAAGCAGCUCUCCCCCAUCUCUCCUCGGCCUCGCCAUUUUUUCUUGCUCCUCAUUCCCCGCCAUCCUCUGUGCCAUCUUGUCUCUGCAGGGCACUGCCCCUUCUCCUGGGGCCUGCCGGGCUCCUGCCGGUGCCCCCUGGCCCAGCUGCUGGCGAUGUUGUCCCUGGCGCGGCUCUUCCGAUCGCAGGGCCCGACUCUUACUAACCUGGCAGCUGGUAGGAGCCGCCUCCUGCCCCUAACGGCAUGCAGCGCUGCUUGAGGCGAGGAGAAGGGAGCAGGGCUGCAUCAACGUCCUUGCUGGCCAGCCCCAGGGGAGGGUCCUGCAGCUGGCACAGGGUGGCAUGUGCAUUGGCAUCGUCUGAACAGGGUACAGAGCUGGCUGGCUUGGGGUGUUGUUGUUGCUGCUGCUGCUGGCUCGGCAUGGCAUUUGUGGGAAAGAGCUAGAUAAGGCUUUGGAGACAGGGGACCUCAGAUUUUGCACUGUCUAUUCUCAUUCUGCUAGGGAUGCAGGUGGCGCUGUGGGUUAAACCACAGAGCCUAGGACUUGCCGAUCAGAAGGUCGGCAGUUCGAAUCCCCGUGACAGGGUGAGCUUCCAUUGCUGCUCCUGCCAACCUAGCAGUUCGAAAGCAUGUCAAAGUGCAAGUAGAUAAAUAGGUACCACUCCGGUGGGAAGGUAAACGGCGUUUCUGUGCACUGCUCUGGUUCACCAGAAGCGGCUUAGUCCUGCUGGCCACAUGACCCGGAAGCUGUAUGCUGGCUCCCUCGGCCAAUAAAGCGAGAUGAGCACCGCAACCCCAGUUGGUCACGACUGGACCUAAUGGUCAGGGGUCCCUUUACCUUUAUUCUCAUUCUGCACUAUUGAUUCUGGCAUGUUUGCAUGCAGAAAUCUCAUCUUUUCUCUCUGCAUUUCGCUCUUUUAACGGUUCCAUGAGUCGCUAGGUUGAGAGGGGAAGGAAAAAGAGUUUGUUCACUCAGGCUGGAUCUACACUGAUCGGUAAAAACACUUUAAAAAAAGUAAUAUAGCUCUCAAUGCAAAUCUCCAUUGACGACAGAUCACUGCUCUACAGCGCCCUCUGGUGUCACGUUUCUAUAACACAAUUUUAAACGUUUUAACUGAGCAGUGUAGAUUAGUCCCCAGAUUUCCAGUUUUGAUGACCUGAGCCAAAUUGGACCAUUGUUUCUCUCUCUCCUCUCUGUCCCCCCAGCUGCCACCUCACCUGCUGCACUGUUGAAGGAUAGAACCUUGUUUCCUUUCUUUCUGCCGUUCUUUUGGCCAUUCCUUCAGGCAAGAACCAAAAUUCUCAGAAUUCUGCAAGGGUUUCUGUGUCCUGGGUUUUUAGGCCACACUCCUUAUGGCAGCCGCUGCUUGGGAAAGUCUCGCCUGAGCAAACUGACAGUUACUGCCUGAUACACUGGGUCAGCAUCGCAUGCAGCACAAUCCCUGUGCAAAACAGCCUGGCAUUGAUUGGCAGCUGCUCACGCCAAUGGGCCUCAAGGAGGCUGCCUUCCUUCCCGUCAUUGGCUGACUCUUUCCCAUGGCGCACGCUGCUGGGGAAGGGAGCAGGAAGGGGAGAAGGGGGAUUAUGUUUGCAUCCUCAUAGGGAAGUGGUAGAGCCUGUGCUUCUUUGUGCAGAAAGUCCCAGCUUCAACCCUUGGGAUCACCGGGUAAAAAGAUCUUUGCUAACAGACCUGGGAAAGACGCUUGUCUGAGGCUCUGCAGGGUGACAGCUGGGGAACUGGGCUGGGUUGGUGGGUCGUCUGUUUUGGCCAAAUUCAGCUUUCCAUGUUCCAUGCAAAGGUGUCUCUGGUUCCACUUUCAGAGGCAGUGUAUCUCUGACAACCGCUGGGAAUCACAAGCAAGGAGAGAGGGCUAUUGCUCUCAGGUUAUGCUUGUAGGCGUCCCAUGGGCAACUGGCCAGUCCCUGUAAGAACAGAGUGCUGGACCAGAUUGGCUCUUCUGUUCUUCUACCCACAAAGCAAGCUGUGCCCUUGUUUUGCACAGGGACUCCCACUUUUGUGCUUUGGUCUGGAUUUUUGGAGGUGUUAUGUCAGGCAUGUUCAAAGUCUGUUGCGGCAAUUUAUUUUCUGGGGGGAAAUCCUAAAAAACCAUCAACGACUUCAAUCCUAAAAAAAGGUUAACAACUUUGGUUGGCCUUUUGGUCGGCCCUCACGGCCCUUCACUUCAUCAAAUCUGGCCCUCCUUAAAAAAGGUUUGGACACCACUGUGGUAGAUGAUGGUGAUUUAACUUUGUAUAUCAGUCUUUCAUGCGAAGAUCUCAGGGCAGUUCACAGCAUGAAAUAUAGACUAAAACCACAAAGCAGAUAAUAAAUGUUAUAAUUUAUUAUUAUAAUAAUGGUUUUAUAACUUGCUGGAAGCUGGCCAGAGUGUCUGGGGCAACCCAGUCAGAUGGGCAGCGUAUUAUUAUUAUUAUUACAACAAAAUAAAUCAAAUUCUCCUCCCACAAACACAUUUAAAAGGACAUGGAUUGGCUAAUUAAACAAAGACUAGGGAGAAGAGGAAUGUUUUUGCCUGGUGCCUAAAGAUAUGCAAUGAAGGCGCCAGACGAGCCUCCCUGGGAAGAGCAUUUCACAAAUGGGGAGCCACUGCAGAAAAGGCCCUUUCUCAUGUUGCCACCCUCUGGACCUCUCAUGGACACAAAGAAGGGCCUCAGAUGAUGAUUGCAGAGUCUGGGUCAGUUUAUAUGGGGAGAGGCGGUCCUUGAGGUAUUGUGGUUUGUUUGUUGUUAUUGUUUAGUCGUGUCCGACUCUUCGUGACCCUGUGGACCAGAGCACGCCAGGCACUCCUGUCUUCCACUGCCUCCCACAGUUUAGUCAAACUCAUGCUGGUAGCUUCGAGAACACUGUCCAACCAUCUUGUCCUCUGUCAUCCCCUUCUCCUUGUGCCCUCCAUCUUUCCCAGCAUCAGGGUCUUUUCCAGGGAGUCUUCUCUUCUCAUGAGGUGGUCAAAGUAUUGGAGCCUCAGCUUCAGGAUCUGUCCUUCCAGUGAGCACUCAGGGCUGAUUUCCUUCAGAAUGGAUAGUGCGGUUUGUUUACAAAACUGCAAAGAACCAUGUGAUAGCAAGGAGGAGGCAGUGGGGGGGAGCAUUUGGGGGGGGUCCUAGCCAGGGAAGGUAUGGGGAGAUGUGUGGCGUGGACAGGUAGGGCAGUGUGCUCCCUGCAACAAGAGGACAUUCUGCCCCCUUUGUAAACUGGAGCAUUUUACCGCAGUCCCCAGGGGUGCUUCCUACAUCAGGUGUCGCUUUCUCUCCUUGGUAUCGGGUUUUGCAGCAAGAAACAGGAAACGAAAGCAGCUGUGGGCUGUGACCACGGAGGGGAAGGGAGCAGGUUUAUCCUCAUUCACCCUGUUGUUGUUGUUGUUGUUGUUGUUGUUGAAUUGGAUUUAUGUACCGCCCUAUACCCGGAGGUCUCAGAGAGGUUCACAGAACAAAAUCAAAAUAUAAAACCACAAAAUAUAUAAUCAAAAUAAAAACAACAACCCAAUAACCACCUCUCCCCAAACCCAGAAGCUGCUACUGUGUGUGCACAGAGAGGGAGGGAAGAGUUAUUGUGUGAACAUUGGCUCUAGGGAAACAGUGAACGCUGGGAUUUGUGCUGAGAGGGGCAACGGCGGGUCUCACUGUGGUCGAAACUGCACUGUGAGGCACUCACUAACCAGUCACCCCCCACCCGGCACACAGAGCCUGUGAGGAAGAGCAUCUCCGAGGUGGGCCUCAAAUCCAAGUCACUCGCCAGCAGCAAAGAAUCCCGCAAGAGCCAGACCUAUCAGAACCUUUCCUGUGCCUCGGAUGCCUCUCCAACCCAAAGCCCUGCCCAAAGCCCCACCCCAGCCCCAGACCCGGACCCUCCAGCAGCCAGCUUCUUCAUGAGCGACGGCAAGCACGAGGCGGUGCCCCCCAGCCACGACGGCACCCUGACCUUCCCCGACGGCUUCCAGCCUCUGCGCUCCGACCAGCCGGCCACCUGCAUGCCCCUGGAGCUGUCGCCCAUCGUCAAGAACCCGUUCAUGUCGCCGCUGCUGGCGCCGGACGCGAUGCUGAAGGGGCUGCCGCCCAUCCACAUCGUGGUGAGUGAGGCUGCGGGGUAACGGCACCCAUCUUGGCCCCCUGGACAGUGGCUGGGCUGGUUUGGGGCUCGCGGGAUUCGGGAGGUCAACAAGUUUGAGAGGCAGGUGCUAGGGUCAAGUCAGCAGUAACUCACAAGGUGUCAGCGAAGUUCAGACUUCAUUCAAAGAAACAAAACAGUUCAGGCCUAGUGAGCCCGGUAAUUCUCCCUAGUAGGUCUUGUCCCAGUGAGGCAGUUGCAAAGGCUUUGCACCGCUCUCUAAACCUCCUCAUCCCCCAGGUCCUUCCCUCGCAAUCUGGAGGGAUUGGGGAGCUGGUCGCAGCAGGAGUUGGGGACUCCCUGGAUUCUUCAGCGGCUAGUCUCAUCUUUGCCUCCUGGCCCCCUUCCUCUCCUGCCUCUGGUUCUGGACUGCUCUCUGCCACAGCCUCUCCCUGCUCACUAAACCCUGUGAGCUCCUUCUCCCAGUCUUUUCUUUCUUCCCCCUCUGACCACUCAUUGUCAUCCCACCACCAAUACCCGGGCUCUGAAUCUUCUUCCCCUGGGGGUGCCCUUGGGGGGGGGUCCCCAAAUGAUGCCUCUCACCACUUUUCUGCAUCCAGCCAGUCCAUGACAACAGGAUACAAAAGUUAGCCAGCUCACCUUCCUCGGGCUUCAUAAAACUGCGCAGUUGGUUGUCAGGGUGUGGGGGAACAGGUUUCAGCAGCACGUGUUAAGGAAGCCUUUGCCAGGGACUCCCAUUGGCUCCAGUCCCGGCUAGGGGCCGAUGGGAGUUGGGGUCCCAAACACCUAAAAGUCACCAAGUUGGCAAAGGCUGUCUUAAGGGAAGAGGCUGAGAUGCUAGGGAGUUUUCUGGGGCGGCGUGGGAUGGGAAGAGAUGCAAGGGAGUGGCUAUGUUGGGCAUUUCAGCAUCUCUUCUCCAGAAAACAGCCUACCGGAUGCCUCAGGGGGAGAGUCACCCAUUGGCAUGAUGGGAAUAUCCUUCCAUUCAUCAGAUGGCCAGGCAAACCCUCUGCAGGAGUCUCCUAUCUCUCACCCUGUCCUUUUGACUUUCCUUUGCCCCACCCUCCUCUGGACCCCCACAUCUCCCGCUGCCCCCACCCCACCCACACGGCAAUUGGGCAGGGUUGUCGCAGGUUCUCCACCCCCUGAUUUGCAGGUAGCAGCCCAGAGCCAUGCAUUCACUCUGCCUCCCUUCCCUGCCUCUCCCUAGGCUUGCGCCCUCGACCCCAUGCUGGAUGACUCGGUGAUGUUUGCCCGGCGGCUCCGAGCGCUGGGGCAGCCGGUGACUCUGCGGGUGGUGCAGGACCUCCCCCACGGCUUCCUGAGCCUCUCCCAGCUGUGCCGCGAAACGCGCCAGGCCUCUACCCUAUGCACGGAGCUCAUCCGGGACAUCCUGGUCCCCCAGGAUCCAGCCACGCAGCAGCCUGCGGCCACUGCCUCCCACCGGAAGCACCGGAAGCUGGAGAGGACCUCCCACAGCACCGGGGCUGCCGCCAGCCGAGCCGCCAGCCACACUCCUGCCCAGGAGAACAGCGCGGUAACGGCCGCCGAACAGGAGGGGCCAAACGGCGCGGCGGUGGGGAGCGGUGCAACGCCCGACGCCCAGGCCAGAGCAGCCCAGGAGCACCAGGAGGGCAGCAGGUCCCCCGAAGGCCAGCAAAGUGGGGCCACAGACAGGUCCACACCCGCCUCGGGUCCCGGCCCCUCCAACGGCACGGUGGGCAGGGGGGUGGGGGCCUGAGCCCCCUGCAUCACUGGAACCGCUUUGUUUGAGAAGGUGUGGCGUGGCUUCGUUUUGCAGUGGAAAUCCCUCUUGGUGCUUUUUUCUAUCUGCCCACUCCUGCCAUUGAUGGGUUGCGGGAGGCAAAUGUCCCGUUGCUUCCAAAACCCAGGGGCCGGUUGCCCCGUAUUCUCCGUUUUUAUACAUGUUGGAGUGUUUUUAAAAGGGCAGAACCCCGCUGUCGAUGGGUCCUGGCAGUCCUGGAGUUUGUGCGCCUCCUUCUCGCCCACGGCCCCUUCCACAAUCCUGCUCCUUUCUUCGCACACCAGCAGCCCCCCCCCACAUGCCUUCCUAUGCACAUAACACCCCACUGCCGCCAGAGCACCCCCAAGGACGAUCUGUGUUGGGGGGGCGACUUGGCACAGAUGAGCACAAGCACUGACCUCCCUUCUCCUUCUCGGGAGGAAACGGGGGAGCAGGGCAGCUUCCCAGUUCUUGCAGGGCUGCCCAGCUCCCUCCUCUCCCUUGCACAAUAAGCAUAAAAUCAGCCACUGCCCAGUCCCGACCCGCGAUGGGGUGUCCCGGCUGCCACUUCUCAGUAUUCACUUUUGUUCUUGGGGGACGCAUUCCACCACACUGUGACCUUCCUGUCCUCCAAACUCAACAAGCUCCCCCCACUUGCCUUUCACUGUUGUUGCUGCUGCUACAAACCAAACCGGGGUGGGGAGGGGGGAAAGAAGAUCUGGGUGCGUCUACCCUCCUGAAAAAGGGCUGUGGCGUUCCCUCCCCACCUGCAAGGGAUGCAGCGGGGGGCGGGGGAACUAUUUUUGUAAAUAAAAGCUGGUUCGAUUUUGAA